AUGACUAACGUGUACUCGCUGGACGGGCUGGUGGUGUUCGCGCUGCUGCUGGUGUGCACCUGCGCCCACCUGCGCCACGUGCCCCGCAUCAAGGGCUGGCUCCUGGGCGAGAAGCGCGGGCUCUGGGGAGUCUUCUACAAGGCCGCUGUCAUCGGCACCCGCCUGCACGUGGCCGUGGCUGUGGCCUGCGUGCUCAUGGCCUUCUAUGUGCUGGUGGUGAAGUGACCCCCCCCCUGCAGCGCUGACAGCCACAGAGAGCCCGGUACCACCCCCCCGGCGCCCCACA